AUGGACACUUUCUCAUAUCGACUUCGUUUCGGAAACUCCACUUUUGCCGGUUCCUACUACAACGUAUUCGCGCCAACAUUCAAUGCCAACUACGACUGCCAAUCGGAAGAGCCUCUGCAGUGUUCCUCCAGUUCCGGUUUCUCUCAGAGUUCCGCGUUCGCCGUGUUCAACAUGAAGUACAUGCUUAAGCUGUCCACUCGCAUUCCGUCAGUGUUCUGUUACCCGAACAUCCGGAUGUUCGACAUGGAUACGAGUUUGGUGAAGCAGUAUCAGGUGUCCGGAGAUCUUCCGAUUGACGCACUCGAUUUGCAUCUCACCGAAGUCGGUUGCAUCGAAUACGAGCCUUCUGGAGUCACUGUCUCAGUCGGAGACACCUCUAUAAACGUUCCUCAAACUACGGUCUCCAUCCCGCGCAACUCAAACACUUCCGCACUGGCCAGUGAGUUUCUGAACUCCCUUGAAACCCGAAAUUUCUUCAAUAAUUUCAGCGUGCAACUGCCCGCUGCCCCCGCCCGUCAUGACUCAAUCCGCCUUCAAUUAUCGGUUUGCGUGGCAGUUUCCCAAGACCAAUUACGACUUCGGAACCCCUGAAUUCGUGUACACAGAGGGUUGUCAGUCAGUUUCCAUGGUCUGCAAUUUCCCGGUCUCCUCUAUUCUUUUGCAAGAGAAGCAGUCGCAACGGUCUUUGAUGUUUUUCAAUGAGGACUAUGUGAGGUGGACUGAGCUAUUUUGUCUCAUGUAUAUAUUUGCAGUUGAUUUCGGGCAAUGACAUCCGCGACGUGGCUACUCGAUUCAAUUUGCACUGUGAUUCGGCGUCCGAGGAAUGGAAGUUUGACGGAGAAUCGGAGAAUAAAUUCAAAAGCCUUCUUGGAGUAGAUUCCAUUCAGCUAACGGAAUUAGGAUGUGCCACGAUCACGGAAGAUUAG